AUGCAGACCAAAUCCCUCCUCACCAUCCUCCUCAGCGCCGCUCUGGCUGCUGCUACCGUUGACCCCGCCAGCUCUAACACGAAGGGAAAGUGUCCGGGUACUUAUAACUGCUCUGCCGCCAAAACCUCCACCGCCAUCCAGGCAGCUGAGUGCUCCCACAACACUCGUACUUCCGGAACCCAAACCUUCGCCGUCUUCGUCACCGACCACGAAUACGACUCCUCCUACGGCGCUCCCUACGGUACCUGCAGCGCGUACACUUGCACCGCGCCGACGGAUAGCGAGAUGACGGAUGAUGAUGAUGAUUGCUGGACGUUCUUCUGGAACGACAACGGCGAGUCCUCCGGCGUUGGAACCGGAUGCAUUCGCAGCCCUGACGACGGAACUUGUGGAUGUGAGGACUCUGAUGGAACUUUUGUUUAUGGGGGAACGGAUUGCUCUUAG